AUGUCCUCCACGGAUUACAAUUACGAUGAACAGGGCCAAUUCUUUCCAUAUUUUAUUCUCACCCUAACUGGCCUCAUCACUCUCCCCCUCACAUACAGUCUUCUCAGUCCUCCGAAAAAACCCGAAAAUACUGCUCCCCGAAUAAAUACGACCUUUAAGCCCAAAAAUGACGACCUCAUCCAGGCCCAGAAACGGAAGCGCUUGCGCAAGGAGAGACGAGUCAAACGUUUUAUCGCUGUGCUAGUCGGCUGGGCUAUCAUCGGCUGGAUGAUUUAUCUCAUUAUAGUCACAGCCCGUACAUUGCCCAAGAUAUACGAUCCUUAUGAGAUUCUCGGCGUGUCUAGGAGCGCCGACGAGAAGGCCAUUUCUCGUCACUAUAAGAGAAUGUCUCUCAUCUAUCAUCCCGAUAAAAUUCGACCGGACCCGGCAAAGAAUGAGACGAUUGAUGACCUCAAUGAACGUUUCGUGGAAUUGACCAAGGCCUAUAAAGCGUUGACAGACGAGGAAGUCCGAAACAAUUACCUACAAUAUGGGCAUCCUGAUGGCAAACAAAGCUACAGCAUUGGAAUUGCCUUACCGAAGCUGAUCAUUACCGAAGGUAUGGGGAAAUACGUUCUCUUAGUCUACGGAGGUCUUUUGGGUGUUCUUCUACCGUAUAUUGUUGGGAAAUGGUGGUACGGGUCUCAGCGUUAUACCCGGGAAAAGGUUCUCAUUGCAAGCGCUGGCAACAUGUUCAGAGAAUACAAGGAAGAUAUGAUCGGUGGUCGCGUCAUCAGCGCUCUUUCAACUGGAGAGGAGUACAAGGAACUGCUGAAGGGCUCGAGGUCGGAAGAAGGUCUGGCCAAAGUUGAAAAGAAAGUGAUGGCCAUUGAUGAGAAAAUACUACCCUCAAAAGACCGCGAAGUGAUUCGAAAGUUGGAUGACACCACAAGAAGGAAGGCGCUAUCAUUACUAUGGGCAUAUCUCAAUCGGAUUGACCUCGAAGACACUACACUGGAACAAGAAAAAUACGAAGCAGGAGCUAUCGGGCUCGCUUUAAACGAAUCUUUUACCGCAAUUGCACUUGCCUUUGGCAAUCUUCUACCUGUCAUUGGCGCAUAUCGUUCAUCUCAAAAUAUCAUUCAAGCUAUAGCUCCCGGUUCGUCGCCGCUUCUUCAGCUUCCGCACUUCACUCAAGAUGUUGCCAAGUCAGUUGAAGGUAGUGAUGUGAAAACCCACCUGAGUGUACAAAAGUACAUGGAAAUACCAGAAGAGAAAAGGCGAGAUUUGACUGUGGGCCCGGCUUUGUUAUCAGAGGAACAAUACAAGGUCGCUAUCAAUGUCGCCAAGCAACUCCCGCAGUUUGUUAUUGCCAAAGCUUUCUUCAAGGUUGUUGGCGAGCGUUUCAUUACACCAAGCAGUCUUGUGCAACUUGUGAUCAAAGGGCGCAUUAUCCCACCGGGCUACACGACAUCCGCCCCCGAGGUUAAUGAAUUGGACCUGGAGGAUAUUGAUCCCGAGGAAGGCGAUCUUGACGCUCUCCACAACCGUAACUUGGGAAAGACCAGGAAGGUCAAAAGAGCAGACGGUUCGAUAGUGGAAGAAAAGCAAGAAAUCGUUCAGCCUCAGCUAACCUAUGCCCCAUUUCUACCUCGCGACCAUUCUCCCAGGUGGCAUGCAUUCCUUGCGGACCCCAAGCAAGGAAAGAUUGCUGUGCCUCCAUUCACUUUCAAGACUUUCGACAAGCCUAUUUUCGAUGACAAUGGGAAACCCACGUUCAACGUGCAGACUCUCAAAAUGCAAUUCCAAGCUCCUCCACAAGUCGGCGAUUUCACAUUUGCACUACACUUGGUCUCGGACAGUUAUAUGGGUUUCGAUAUUAAGAAGGAGAUCACUCUUCACAUUGACGACCCAGCCAAGGCUGUUGCUGUAGAGGAAGAGGAUGACAUCAGUGAACCAGAUGAAGACUCUAUCGCGGGCCAAAUGCAGGCCUUGAAGACUGGAGUUCCUCCUCAACCUAAGAAGAGGACAAAAAGACCUUCAGACGAAGAUUCAGAUGAGGAAGAGAGUGAUACGGAGGGGGAUGUCGAAGAUACGAGCGAAACAGAUACCGAGACCGAUACUGAUGGCGAAUAG